AUGUCUACCGACUGCAGUGGAACGGACAAUUUAGACACCUCAUAUCAUACAAGCAACGUAACCGAAGAUAUUGCGAAUUCGUCAUAUGUAUGUAGCGUCAACGACUGGACGUUAGACCUUGCCGCCUCAGUUAUUGGAACGGUUGGAAUCUUCGGUAACGUAGCCUUUAUUAUCGUUGUAUGCCGAAUCCCAUACAUGAGAAAUGCUACUAACUACUUUCUAAUUAGCUUAGCGGUAUCGGAUUUACUCUACCUCCUAGCUCACACGUUAUGUCGACCAGAUUGGUACCGUGAGCUAAUGUGGAUGUUCGACACGGAUAAUAAGAAGAUUCUCGCUUGUGUUCGAUGGGGAAGCACAACCCCGGCGUAUUCGACAUCGAUUCUGUCCGUGAUGUUUAUCAGUAUUGAGCGAUAUCUUGCUAUAUGUAAGCCAUUCACCAGGCAGUCAAGAGGUUUGAAAAAGCCCUCAAGAGUAGUCUUUCUGGUUUUUGCAUCGUGGUUAUUUGGUGCUACAAUCGGGCUCUCUGGACUACUCGAAUGCUAUACUGAUGACCCGGGAAUUGCUAAACUCAUAAUGAACUAUACGUACACUUUAGUUGAGGCGGUAUUAUUUUUAAUAUCUAUGGUUGUAGUUUUAGUACUUUACACCAUUGCCGCUAGGCGUCUGAAAAUGUCCACAUAUGACAUUACCUAUUCUCCAACAAACAUUAGAGACCGUAGCCAAGUGAUGCGGCUGUGUAUUGUAACUGCUGCUGUUUAUUUCACGUGUAUUUUCCCCCGAAUUAUGUUUCAAUUAGCGGCGUUUUAUGACUUACUCGACAAUACUAUGUCUAUUUUCGGUGUGCUGAGUUGUUUAAACGAAGUGACUAUUGUUGUACUUAUGUUCAACUCGGCCGUAAACCCCAUCAUUUACAACGCUACUAGUACGAAAUACAGGAAUGCUUUCUUCACAACAAUCACUUGCUCGCCCGUUGAGAACCUCGCACGUACAUCUUCAGACCGCCGCUCUAUUUCGCGCACUCGCCAAACUUCGCUUGAUUACAGACAGGUUCGAAACAACCACGAUAGUAGGAUACGACGCGCAAAGGAAACUCCAUUGCGAAGCGGGAGAAAAUUUCGAGAUUGA